AUGGCGGAACCUGUCGUCGACACGGUUCCUGUAGACGAAUUUGCCCAGACCCGCGGUGCGGAUGAUCUAUUCGACGACGAGAUCAUUCCCAUCUCCGCCGAGCAGCAGGUGCAGCAAGUGGAAGAUGUGCCCGAGGCAGAACAAAAGGUUGAAGGAGACAACGCGCAGGACGGGACGUCCGCGUCAAGACGACCCCGUGGUUAUCAUCGAGGAGGCGAGAGGGGGAGAGGCCGGGGGAGAGGCCGGGGAGGGCGCGGUGGCCGAGAUGGCGGUCCGAAGAACGAAUCUGGGGAGAAAGUAGAUCAAGGGGACAAGAAGGAUGAUGGCCAAACUGCAGGAGAGAGUAAAGAACAGCCGGCUAAAGACACUGCGACCCCAUCCAAACCAUCAGGUCGCUCGGACACACCACGUGUCCAGGCCGUUCGGGGGGACCGCAGUGGCACAGGAGGCAUCAAAAAGCCCAAACUUACAGAAGAGGAACUCGCCGAACGCAUGGCGGCUGCGAAGCUGACUGCGGCCAAGAUCGCUGCAGCGCAUGCGCGCGCAGAGGCAGACGAGGCAUCAUUCAAGGAGCGGGAGAAGCUUGCGGAGGAGAGGCGGCGCCAGGAAUACCUGAAUCGAAAGGCCAUGGACGGAGAACGAGAGCGCAACCGACUGCGCAAACUCAACGCCCAGACGGGGCGCGAAUGGGAUGCCGACAAGCGAGAAGAAGAUUUUACAGGCCGUCGCGGCGGCAGCCAAUACCGAAGAGGCAUGCACGGCUGUGUCACAGGCUUCUCGCGACGUGACAAUGACGGGGCUGACCCUGCUGAGGACGGGUCUAGCUACCGGGGUCGAGGACGAGGACGUGGUGGUCGAGGACGGGGACGAGGCGGUCAUCGCGGCCGAGGAGAUUUCUCGAACCGGGAGGACGGUCGUGAAGCCAGCGAGACGGCCGAAACGACUGCUCCAUCUGCACCAGGCAUUGGCGACGAGAGCGAAUUCCCUGCUCUUCCUGGGUCGAAGAAAGAGGGCGAGGCCGCUACAAACAAUGCCUCUGAAGCUACGGCCAACGACAACAACACCAACCUAUCGGCGCCCGAUGCGCCAAAGGUCUCAUCGCCCAAUUCGCCCUUGUCACCGUCAGAGGGAACGUGGGCGGAGCAGAUGGAGCGGGCACCAGAAAAUAAAUAA